CCCAAGAUGGACCUGAGGGUGACAAGCGUUCUCCUCGUCCUCCUAGCUUUGGCUGAGGCGACUCCUGAGAGAUACUACCAUGUGCCAAAAGUGAGCAAGACUCCCUACCCCGUCAAGAGUCAAACCGUUACAGGCCAACCAGGUCCUGCAGGUUCUCCAGGUGAGCCAGGACCAAUGGGACCACCUGGACCUGCUGGAAACAGUGGUACAGGACAUACUGGACCACAAGGCCCAGCUGGACCUCCCGGACCCCCUGGCUACUCUCAAGCAGGUAAACCCGGUGCCUCAGGUGGUCAUGGAAAACCAGGUAGCGCUGGCCUCCCUGGUGAGAAAGGUGAAUCUGGCCCACCUGGACCAAUGGGUGGUAGAGGUUCACCUGGUCCACAUGGAACACCUGGACCUGCUGGAAUUUCUUCCGUUGGAAAACCUGGACCAUCUGGCAUCCCUGGGUCAAUGGGUCAUAGAGGAGAGUCUGGUUUGAAGGGACAUCCUGGUAUUCCUGGCAUUCCUGGCCUCAAAGGAGAGCGAGGCAUUGGAGUUCCUGGGGUUCAAGGACAACCAGGCACAGUUGGACCAAUGGGCCCAUCUGGAAUGCCUGGCAAAUCUGGAGUUGGUGCACCUGGUGCCAGUGGCUAUCCUGGAGAACCUGGCAAGAGUGGCACACCAGGAAGAGAUGGUGCUACCGGGCCAAAUGGUAUGCAAGGACCAAAGGGUCACACCGGGGCUCCAGGUACAGGAGCAUCAGGGAAACCAGGUCAGAAUGGUACCCCAGGUAUGACUGGACCUAUGGGUUCUAAAGGUCCACAGGGUCCAGCUGGUCAGCCAGGCUCCCCUGGCAUGCCAGGUGUUGGCAAAACGGGUGAAUCUGGAAUACCAGGUAGCAGAGGAUCCCCCGGUACUCCAGGAACCACUGGUCAGAAAGGAGAGCCAGGCCCAACUGGUUUUACUGGUCAGCCAGGUGCUUCCGGUCCUAUUGGCCCAGCUGGUCCACAAGGUGCAAGAGGAUUCCAGGGAGAGGGAGGCCCACAGGGACCCAAAGGAGACAUUGGUAUGGUAGGUGCACCAGGCCCAAGAGGAACCAAGGGUGAACAGGGAGCUCAGGGAUUCACUGGAAAACCAGGUUCCCCCGGAGCAGUAGGUCCUUCAGGAAUUCCAGGGCAUAAUGGUCCUCAGGGUCAAAAGGGAACACAAGGCCAUAGUGGUGCCCCAGGGGUCUCAGGUGGAAAUGGUGGACCAGGACCCAAAGGACACACAGGCCCCUCAGGAGGACCAGGAAAAAGUGGUGAGAAUGGAAGGCCAGGAUCUAUGGGACCAGUUGGGCCCUCCGGUCCAUCAGGUCUCCCUGGACUUAAGGGUCAUCCAGGUCUUCCAGGCCCACCUGGCCCAGCUGGCAUGACAGCUAAGGGAAUUUCUGGUCCUCAGGGUCCACCUGGAAUUCAAGGUUUCAGAGGUCAAGAUGGUCACCCAGGCCCUGCCGGUGCUCCUGGUCAACCUGGCCCACCAGGAGAGAUGGCAUACCACCAUGAGAAGAGUAUGCCAAUCAAGUCCCAUGAGGUUGUGAUGUCUCAUGAGAUGAUGAAGGCCCCAAUGUCUGCCUUCAGUGCUGUGCUAACCAGAGCCUACCCUCCAGCUGCAUCCCCUAUUCAGUUUGACCAGGUUCUGUACAAUGGGGAAAACCAUUAUGACGAUCAAAGUGGUGUGUUUACCUGCCAGAUUCCAGGCCUCUACUAUUUCAGCUAUCAUAUGCAUGUCAAUGGUGCCAAUGCAUUGGUGGCCCUCUACAAAAACGAGGAUCCAGUUAUUUUCACCUAUGAUGAGUACAACAAAGGUUUCCUGGAUCAGAUGUCAGGCAGUACUGUACUUAUGCUGCAUGCCGGUGACAGAGUCUAUGUCCAGGUCCCUGAUGAGGAGAGUAAUGGCAUAUUUGCAGCAGAUAAUGUUCACUGCUCUUUCUCUGGGUUUUUGAUUGCCUCAACGUGAUUUCACAAAUCCAAAUAAAUCUCAAAACCUUACAAAACAUUAAACUACUCAGAGAAACAGAUUAGUUUAUACAUUUGCAAAUUAAGAUUGUAGAUUAAAAAAAAUAUAUGGUUGUAAUUUUAGAGUUUCAUUGCCUUAUUCAAAUAUUUACAAUACAAAAUGUAUUUGCUAAAACAUUUAACGACAAUUAUUGCUGAGUAAAAUCUUUAAAAAUAAGGUUUGAAUUGAUUCCUUUCCCCAGUUCACCAUGUCUGUGACUUUGCAAUUUUUAGAAACAUGAAACAAUAUUGGAAGAUAUCUGAAGUGGUGCUUUACAACUGCCUGUAACAUUUACAGCAUGUCUUUUUUUGUGUUUGUUUUUAUUAAUAUCUGUUGUUUAAGACUUUUCCUGUAAUAUAAAUAUUAGAGACACACAAAACUGUUGUACUACAUGUUACUAGAUCAGCACAUUCUCACAAGCACUGUGAUCAGCAAAACAACACAGAAUGAGAAAUUCAAACUGCAUUUUUUUUCUUCCAAACCAACAAUGUCCCAUUGGAUGUGUUAAGUUAUGUACCACUUACCAACCAAAACACAGAAUAAAAGUUCUAGUUUGAAAAAGAAAAAUGUAUCCUUUGUAUUGUGUAUGUUGUU